CGGCACUCUUUGACUCAGACGGCCUGCUGGACGACAGCUCAUCAUGGAACCAGGAGAUGUGCUGGGUGUCGUAGACUUGAUCUUGUCUGUGUGCAAGACCAUCUACAACAUGGCCAACGAUGCAAAGGCCAACAAGAAGCGCUGCCAACAAAUCGCAGAGAGAGUCAAAGUUCUGGAGGAUCUGGUUCUCACCAUCAGACAAAGAGGCUGCAGCAGAAUCUCUUCCUCUGUGUUCAAAGCUCUGAAGGAGCUCCGCGGGAGUCUGGAUUCUGCUCAGACCCUCAUAAGACAGUUCUCCCGAACCAAAGCCUUUGUGGGCUUCGUGAUGUCCAGCAGACUUAAAGACAGGUUCGAUGAAAUGGACAGCAGACUGACAGAUAACCUCCAGGUCCUGUCUGGGGCUCUGCUGAUCGAGCAGGGGGACGUACUGCACGAAGUGUAUCAAACUGUAAGAGGACGAAAACAACCUCCAGCCCGAUCCACGUCGCCGACACCUUCAGCUCUCUCGAGUAUCGCUGCGCCCGAUCAAAUGUCCGUCCCCACAGCCGCCACGCCGGCUUGCAGCACCAUGCCGCCGAUGCAGAUGUGCAGCCCCACGACUGUCACGCCUGUCAGUUACAUCAUGGCCCCCAUGCCAGUGUCCAGCUUCAUGACCCCCAUCAUGCCUCUACCUGGAGCCAUGACCCCCGUCAGUUUCUCCACCACCGUCAUCUCCAGUAAUGCGAGAGUGUCCCCUGAUGUCAUCAAGUCCCUCAUAGGCCAACAGUCUCUCAUUAGCAUCAAUCCUCCCAUGACUUUCUCAACACAGAAUCUGUUCUAAGAUUUGGUGGUCGACAACUCUUUUGUCUCAUAAAACAAAGGAAAAUGCUCAACGUCCAACAGCUGAUUAUGAAACCAGAGGAGUGUGACUGCGUGAUGUUUCCUGACAGCUACACGCUGAACAACGCUGGUGUUUCCUCUUCUCAUUAGGUCAAGAACUCGACGCUGUUAUACUUCUUCCAACACUGUGCUGAUAUUCCACAAUCUUCCAAAAUCACAAUCACGUCUCUGGAGGUCUUCCUCUGUUUGUGUGUGUCUGUAUCUUUUCUAUUUAUUUAUGUACGUAACCAUCAACUGUCUUCAGUUGAUAUCUAAGAAUCAACAGCAG